CUUGAGGACCAGAUAAACAAGACAACAUGCAAACCCAGUUAUCAGAGAGCUCUGCCUGUGACAUGAAACCUUCAACAAACAGAACUCAAAUACAAGCAGACAUAAGAAAGUGGGACAAAGCAGAUGAGCUAAAAUCAGACUCUGAAAUACAUCGUGGAAGAUCAACAGUUAUGGAUCGUUACUUCAACUGGCUGUGAAUGUGACAGCCUGAAUCAGAACAUUACAAGAAUCAAGAACACAACAAACCAGGCAUCCAUCAUUGUAAUCAAAGUGAAGUAUUGGCCUUCCAUCUGAUUUGAACCCUGUUAAUGAAGUUAAAUCCGGUACAGGAAACUGUGACAAGACGGACCCGCCAGGCUGCAACAAAGGCUCCAUUCAUGCUGGAGGGAGGCCGAACUGACAGUCAAAUGAAGCUGCUCUUCCUCCUGCAGAGACCUCACCGGAGCGCCGCUCACUGCUGCUCCACCGGUUCCUGUCCCACAGAAGAGGAUGGAGAAGAUGUGGGGCGCUGACGUGCAUGCAGAGGCAGUAGAGGGGGGCCUGAAGGAGCUGGUCCUGACCUGGUUCCAAGAGACACAAGCGCCACAGAUGUUGAGCGAUGGAAACUUUCCCGCCUGGUUCCAGGGCCUGGCUCCACGACAGCAUGCAGAAGAUCUUCUGAGAGAUAAAGGAGUGGGUUCUUUUCUCAUCCGCCUGAGUGACAAAGCCAUCGGUUACAUCGUGUCCUACAAGGGCCACGACCGCUGCCGUCACUUUGUCAUCACUCAGAACCAGCACGGGCAGUUUGUGGUAGCCGGAGACUGUGAGCUGUUUGGCAGUCUGAACGAGCUGAUAGACCACUACCGGGUCAGCCCCAUCCAGCCGUUUGGGGAAUGUCUCACCUUCAGCUGCUGUGAGGAAGACGCCGCGGAUCUCUAUGACAUGGUAAACGUGCAGAGGCAGGCAGAGGUCAGUGUGCAGGCUCUGCGGAAAAUGUGGCAGCAGAGUGAAUCGGUGGAACAGCAAGAAUCUGAGCAACCAAAUGCUCCGGCUCAGACUCCUGUUCUGCCCCCCAAAUCUAAAGGCAGAAAGCUGACGGGGGCAGUAUCUGUGGACGGACUACCCCUCUCACAGGGAGCACCCAAGAGCCCAAAAGCAGAAAGCUCCCCGGCUUCCACUCCGACAGGAUGUUUGUCUGAAACAGAAGCACACAUCAGCACAACCCAGCAGCGCCCUAAGGGAAGCACCAACCCCAUGUCAGGCAGAGACCUGGGGGGCUCCAUGGACACCAGCUACCCUGCCAACCUCAUUCCAGCGGGGGAGUCAUUCUCUGAGCUGGACCACGAGGAGGGCAGGUGCCAUUCGCUGCCACUGCUGAAUAGCAGCACAGAGGAGGAGGAGGACCCCUCCCACCUCAGCAGCCCCUCUUAUUCUAUAAAGAGGGUGACGUGCCAGACAUAUUCCCUCCAUGCUCCUUCCACCGCUUCUAUGCUGGCCAGCUGUGGGUCACAGCAGGACUGCUGUGAGGAGGGCCAGCUGAAGCCCAACCCCCUCUACGGCUCCUGUGAGGGUCCUAAAAGAGCGCCGGCUCAGGUUGGAGCUGUAACCUAUGCAGAGGUUCCUAAAGGACCGACAUCAGCAGGAACACCUGAUGACACCUAUGAGCCUGUUCCAGGAAAGGCCACGACUGACCAAGGCAACACGUACGAGUCCCUGGAAGACGUGAAGAGCAAGACUUCCAAAGCCAACAACCCAAAAAGUAACAAGGCAUGGAGGAAGUUCCUCCCCGAUUACAAGAAAAAAUAAGCCCGACUCUUUUGGGGGACAUUGAUGGCUCUCCUACUGUUCCUGAGCGAGGUUCCUUUGGUGGAAUUCAUGGUGUUUUAUGGGAGAUCCAGAAAUUGGUGGAUGAGGUGGGAACCUUCUGGAACAGCUGUUGUGAGGUUCCAUCUCCAUGACGUAUGAAAGAACAUCGUCCAGGAAGCACAGUGUGUUCUGGCUCAUGGGCACUACAGUACAACUCUGUCUCAUCCAUGCUGCAACGAUUGGACCAUGUGACCCGUUACUAACUGAAAGUAUAUGUGUACAGAGGUUUUACAUUUUAGGUAUGUCUUUAGUAGCACAAGAGGUUUCUACGCAUCACAUUAGAGUCAAGGAGUCUUGAAGAUAAAAAGCUUUUCUUAUUUUUUCAUGAACAAUAAAAUAUAAAGGCCCAAAAACGAA